AGAAAAUUUGCUUAUUCUAUCACUUCCUUAGCUCUCUCUACCAACCUCCAUUGUUAUAAUAUACUCUCAUUAUCUUCGCCUCCAUCCCCUCACCAACAAGAAGAUCCAGCAUUCUCUUUUGAUUCGUAAUUCCCAUUUCUUUUGUUUUCAGCCAACUCUAAUGGCUCCUAUCCAAACAGAGCAGCCAGGAGAACUCAUUUUCUGGUCGAAACUCCCCGACAUUUACAUCCCAAAACAUCUUCCUCUCCACUCCUAUUGUUUUGAGAACAUAUCCGAGGUCGGCUCCCGCCCGUGCUUGAUCAACGGUUCGACCGGCAAGGUUUACACGUACUAUGAUGUUGAUCUCACCUCGCGCAAGGUCGCUUCUGGCCUCAACAAGCUCGGCAUCCGCCAGGGAGAUGUUGUCAUGCUUUUGUUACCCAACUCGCCGGAAUUCGCGUUCGUUUUCCUCGGCGCGUCGUAUUUGGGAGCCAUAACCACGGCUGCCAACCCUCUUUACACAGCUGCAGAGAUCUCAAAGCAAGCGAAAUCUUCCAACGCAAAGCUCAUCAUCACUCUGGCUUGUAACUACGACAAGGUGAAGGACUUGGCUCACGAAAACGGUGUCAAGAUCAUGUGCAUCGACUCGCCGCCGGAUCAGGACUGCUUGCAUUUCUCGGAGUUAACUCAGGCCGACGAGAACAGCAUCCCGAAAGUGGACAUCAGCCCAGACGACGUGGUGGCUCUGCCAUACUCUUCGGGGACGACGGGGUUACCCAAAGGCGUGAUGUUGACGCACAAAGGGCUGGUGACGAGCGUGGCGCAACAGGUCGACGGCGAGAAUCCGAACCUCUACUUCCACAGCGAGGACGUGAUACUAUGCGUGCUGCCAUUGUUUCACAUCUACUCCCUGAACUCGGUCUUUCUCUGCGGGUUGCGAGCUGGUGCUGCUAUACUGAUCAUGCCCAAGUUCGAUAUUGUUUCAUUGCUGGAGCUGAUACAGAAACACAAGGUGAGCAUCAUGCCAAUUGUCCCACCGAUUGUUUUGGCCAUAGCUAAGUCCCCAGAUCUCGAAAAGUACGAUCUAUCUUCCAUAAGAAUGCUCAAGUCUGGAGGAGCGCCGCUGGGAAAGGAAAUUGAAGAAACUGUGAAGGCCAAGUUUCCCAAUGCAAAAUUUGGUCAGGGAUACGGAAUGACAGAGGCAGGUCCAGUACUAUCAAUGUGUUUGGCAUUUGCCAAAGAACCAUUUGACGUGAAAUCAGGAGCAUGCGGCACUGUUGUGAGGAAUGCUGAAAUGAAGAUCGUCGACCCAGAAACUGGUGCCUCUUUGCCCCGCAAUCAACCGGGAGAGAUAUGCAUCAGGGGAGACCAGAUCAUGAAAGGUUAUAUUAAUGAUCCAGAAGCUACAAAAGGAACCAUAGACAAAGAGGGUUGGUUACAUACAGGCGAUGUUGGCUUAAUUGAUGAUGAUGAUGAGCUCUUCAUUGUAGAUCGGUUGAAGGAACUGAUUAAAUACAAAGGGUUUCAAGUCGCCCCUGCUGAACUUGAAGCCUUACUACUCACUCAUCCCAAUAUCUCUGAUGCUGCUGUAGUCCCCAUGAAGGACGAUCUAGCUGGAGAAGUCCCAGUUGCAUUUGUUGCAAGAUCAAAUGGUUCUACCAUCACAGAGGAUGAAAUCAAGAAAUUUGUGUCUAAACAGGUGGUGUUUUAUAAAAGAGUAAACCGUGUGUUCUUCAUCGAUGUCAUUCCCAAAUCCCCAUCGGGAAAAAUCUUGAGGAAAGAGUUGAAGGCAAAACUGGUUGCAGGCUUUUCAAGUUGAAUUCACAUAUUGCAAGGCUUGGGGAUCAAGAAUCAUGGCAAUUUGAAAGUUGCUGCUGCUCAACUUUGCUAUCACGACUGAUUUCUUUGAUUAUUGUGUACUAUUUGAAAUGGAAGACUGUCUAAAGGAUUUGCAUUGCAAUUGCAAGAACUUUUACUUCAUAUAAUAACGAAUAUGUAAUCAUUUUUUUUUUUUUCGAAAUUUCGUUUUAUGAGGGAUCCUUUAUAUUGCAACAUUCCAUGCACAUUAUUAGGGAGCAUAUUAUCUGACUCUCUAAGGUGGGAAUGCAUCCUCAAGUGAAGUUGGAGGCUACUUAGCUUACAAGCUCUGAUUGUACAUGUAGACAUUUGAGUUAUGUGCCUAUUGGAUCUCAUUGAAAUAUACACCGCCGAAGAAUUAUACUUCACAA